AUGGCUCUAUUGAACCACGUAGCCAUUACUGGGGUGGAGCUGGAGAGCACCAGGCUGGUGAUCUGGUACCCAGACCGCUGUAUGCAGAGAACCCCUCCCUCUCCUCAGAGGACCAACCCUAGAGGCCUCAACACCUCCUCAGCCUCCCAGUACGUCUCCUCAGGGCCCAGGAGGAUGGCUCCCAUCAAUGCGGUACUGGAGCAGAAUGGCUGGAGUGUGACUUACACCACUCACAGUAUUUGUACCUUGAAGGUGUCAUCAGUGGAACUGUCCUGCUCUUACACGUAUCCCAGUUUGUAUAAAGUCACAACAACCUUCUGGUUCACCAAAACUGAUGCUGAGGAGAAUUAUGUGAGUCUGAGUGAUGACCCAGACUACAAAGGUCGUGUGACGUACCGUAGCGAUAAGAGGAAUGGACACACCCUGAAAAUCACAGACCUGAGAGAGAGUGACUCAGCUACGUACAGGUUCAGAUUUAUAACAGAUCAGACCGGAGGGAAAUAUUUUGGUAUCCCUGGAGUCACUUUGUCUGUUACAGGUCUGCAGGUGAAGGUGACUCCACCCACUGUGACAGAGGGACAGAAGGUGACACUGACCUGUAGCACCACCUGUACUCUGAGGGACAUCCCCAACCCCACCUACAUCUGGUACAAGAAUGGACAUGUAACCAACCAAUCUAACAGUCUGUUCCUAAACCCAGUCAGCAGUGAGGAUGCAGGCAGAUACUCCUGUGCUGUAGAAGGCCAUGAGGUUCUCCACUCUCCUGAAGAGACUCUCACUGUCAGAUAUGGCCCAAAGGACAGCUCAGUGUCAGUCAGUCCCUCUGGCGAAAUAGUGGAGGGCAGUUCAGUGACUCUGACCUGCAGCAGUGAUGCCAACCCACCUGUGGACAAAUACACCUGGUACAAGAAGAACAUAACCUCACCAAAAGCUUCAGGACAGAGUUACAGCAUUACCAACAUCAGCUCUGAGGACAGUGGAGAAUACUACUGUGAGGCCCGGAAUAAAAUAGCAUCUAAGAACUCUACAGCUCUGAUGAUCAUUGUAGCAGGAAAACAAACAUCAGUUAUGACUGCAGUUGUAGGAAUCAUAGUGGUUGUUCUGGUUCUCAUCCUCUGUCUCUCUGGCUUCACGUGGUUUAGGAAGAAGUCCUCCAAAUCCACCUCUGACACAAGAGACACAGCAGACAAUAGACAGGUGAGUCUGUUGGAAUCAGGAGAUGACUGUGAUGUCUGUGUAUUCUUUGUGGAACAUUUCUACUCCUCAUGUUGUCUGUCCUCUCACCUCAUCAGGGAGACUCUAGUCCAGUGUAUGACAACAUCUCAAGCAUGGCCAUGACCCUUACUGCAACACAGACAGCAGCCACCGUAGACCAAGAUGAUGUUCACUACGCCAGCGUCCACUUCUCUCGCUCCAAAAACCAGGAAGUCCCUCUGUACUCCACUGUUCAACUGCCUCAACCACAGAAACAGUACGAGGAUGUCCAGUACGCUGCUGUGAAAUUCAACCGCCCCACUGCUGCCACCCAGUAAGCAUAUUCUGCAUUAAGACCUGCAGCAGCACAAUCAGCUGAGGAGGACCCCUCUGUGAUCUACAGUCAAGGCAGUCAACAAACCCAGAACCAAGAAGACCUGAACACAACAAACCCAGAACCAAGAAGACCUGAACACAACAAACCCAGAACCAAGAAGACCUGAACUCAACAAGUUUGACAAAAACCCAUAUAUUCAAAAUAAGUGCCAUAAAGCUUGAGGGGGUGUGGAAUAUUGGCCAUUAUAAACUGGGUGGUUUAUACUACGGCUAAGGGCUGUUCUUGACACAAAGCGGAUAUGCCGUCGUAUAUUGGCCUGAUUGCUAUUAGAAACUGGUUACCAACAUAAAUAGUAUUUUUUACGCCAUACCCGUGGUAAAUUGUCUGAUAUACAGUAUUCACUUCUGAAUUGCAGUUUCAGUCAGUCAGCAUCCAAGACCCAAACUAACCAGUUUAUAAUAGUAUAUAAUAAUAUAGUUGAAAAUGUUAUAAGUUUAAUAUUUCUUAAGUAAAAUCGUUAAUAUUUCUGAGUACCAGAUCUUUAAAAAAUAUAUGUAUUUCUGAAGUAGGCAAC